CGGGGACCCGGGGCCGCCCGCGCGAAGCCCCGCCCCGGCCGCCGAGCCCCGCGCGGGCGGGCGGGAUGCCCCGCGGCCACCGCACUUUGGCCGGAGCGCUGCCCUGAGCGGGCCCCGGCCGCGCGGCCGCCGCGGGCGCCAUGGAGCAGUGGCGGCAGUGCGGCCGCUGGCUCAUCGACUGCAAGGUCCUGCCGCCCAACCACCGGGUCGUGUGGCCCUCGGCGGUGGUCUUCGACCUGGCGCAGGCGCUGCGCGACGGCGUCCUCCUGUGCCAGCUGCUGCACAACCUGUCCCCCGGCUCCAUCGACCUCAAGGACAUCAACUUCCGGCCGCAGAUGUCCCAGUUCCUGUGCUUAAAGAACAUCCGCACCUUCCUGAAAGUCUGCCACGAUAAAUUUGGACUACGAAACAGCGAGCUGUUUGACCCCUUCGACCUCUUCGAUGUCCGAGACUUUGGGAAGGUCAUCUCUGCCGUGUCCAGACUCUCCCUGCACCACGUGGCCCAGAACAAAGGGAUCAGGCCCUUUCCCUCGGAGGAGACCGCGGAAAACGACGAUGAUGUCUAUCGCAGCCUGGAGGAGCUGGCCGACGAGCAUGACCUGGGGGAAGACAUCUAUGACUGUGUCCCGUGCGAAGAUGAGGGCGACGACAUCUACGAGGACAUCAUCAAGGUGGAGGUACAGCAGCCCAUGAAGAUGGGCAUGUCUGAGGAUGACAAGAGAAACUGCUGCCUGCUGGAGAUUCAGGAGACCGAGGCCAAGUACUACCGGACCCUGGAGGACAUUGAGAAGAACUACAUGGCCCCUCUGAGGCCGGUGCUGAGCCCGGCGGACAUGACGGCCAUCUUCAUCAACCUGGAGGACCUAAUCAAAGUGCAUCACAGCUUCCUGCGGGCCAUUGACGUGUCCAUGAUGGCAGGGGGCAGCACUCUGGCCAAGGUCUUCCUGGACUUCAAGGAGAGGCUCCUGAUCUACGGGGAAUAUUGCAGCCACAUGGAGCACGCCCAGAACACGCUGAACCAGCUCCUCGCCAGCCGGGAGGACUUCCGACAGAAGGUCGAGGAAUGCACUCUGAAGGUCCAGGACGGGAAGUUUAAGCUUCAGGACCUGCUCGUGGUCCCCAUGCAGAGGGUGCUCAAGUAUCACCUGCUCCUGAAGGAACUCCUGAGCCACUCCGCGGAUCGGCCCGAGAGGCAGCAGCUCAAAGAGGCACUGGAAGCCAUGCAGGACUUGGCGAUGUACAUAAACGAAGUUAAGCGGGACAAGGAGACCCUGAAGAAAAUCAGUGAAUUUCAGAGUUGUAUAGAAAACUUGCAGGUGAAACUGGAGGAGUUCGGGAGGCCGAAGAUUGACGGGGAACUGAAGGUCCGGUCCAUAGUCAACCACACGAAGCAAGAUAGGUACUUGUUCCUGUUUGACAAGGUGGUCAUCGUCUGCAAGAGGAGGGGCUACAGCUAUGAGCUGAAGGAGGUCAUCGAGCUGCUCUUCCACAAGAUGACCGACGACCCCAUGAACAACAAGGACGUCAAGAAGUGGUCCUACGGCUUCUAUCUAAUCCACCUCCAAGGAAAGCAGGGCUUCCAGUUUUUCUGCAAGACAGAGGACAUGAAGCGGAAAUGGAUGGAACAGUUUGAGAUGGCCAUGUCAAACAUCAAGCCAGACAAAGCCAAUGCCAACCACCACAGCUUCCAGAUGUACACUUUUGACAAGACCACCAACUGCAAAGCCUGCAGGAUGUUCCUCAGGGGUACCUUCUACCAGGGCUACCUGUGCACCAAGUGUGGUGUCGGGGCGCACAAGGAAUGUCUGGAAGUGACCCCUCCCUGCAAGAUCAGUUCUCCUGCUGACCUGGACGCCUCUGGAGCAGGACCGGGUCCCAAGAUGGUGGCCGUGCAGAAUUACCAUGGCAACCCUGCCCCCCCUGGGAAGCCAGUGCUGACCUUCCAGACGGGUGAUGUGAUCGAGCUGCUGAGGGGCGACCCCGAGUCUCAAUGGUGGGAGGGUCGGCUGGUGCAGACCAGAAAGUCAGGCUACUUUCCUAGCUCGUCCGUGAAGCCCUGCCCCGUGGAUGGAAGGCCGCCCACCAGCCGACCGCCCUCCCGGGAGAUCGACUACACGGAAUACCCCUGGUUCGCAGGCAACAUGGAGAGACAGCAGACAGACAACCUGCUGAAAUCGCACGCCAGCGGGACCUACCUGAUCAGGGAGCGGCCGGCCGAGGCGGAGCGCUUUGCCAUAAGCAUCAAGUUCAACGAUGAAGUGAAGCACAUCAAGGUGGUCGAGAAAGACAGUUGGAUCCACAUUACAGAAGCGAAGAAGUUUGAAAGCCUCUUGGAGCUGGUGGAGUACUAUCAGUGCCACUCGCUCAAGGAGAGCUUCAAGCAGCUGGACACCACGCUCAAGUACCCCUACAAGUCACGGGAGCGCGCGGUCUCCAGGGCCUCCAGCCGGUCCCCAGCUUCCUGCGCCUCCUACAACUUUUCUUUUCUCAGUCCUCAGGGCCUCAGCUUUGCCUCCCAGGGCUCCUCCGCUCCCUUCUGGUCAGUGUUCACACCCCGUGUCAUCGGCACGGCCGUGGCCAGGUACAACUUUGCUGCCCGGGAUAUGCGUGAGCUCUCACUGCGGGAAGGCGACCUGGUGAAGAUAUAUAGCCGCAUUGGCGGGGACCAGGGCUGGUGGAAGGGCGAGGCCAACGGACGGAUCGGCUGGUUUCCUUCAACAUACGUAGAAGAGGAGGGCAUCCAGUGACGACGACAACACGGACAGGGCUCAUGGAUUUUCUUCGAAGAGUCCAGCUCUGAAGUCUGUCUCUAGCUCUGUGACUCAGAGGGGACACGCCCGCCAACCUUCCAGUCUUCAGCAGCCCGUGGGGAUGGGGAGGGUGUUCAAAAUCCUACAUGCAAACCGGCCCACCUUCAGUCUGCCCUCGGUGGCCUGUCCUGGGUACGCUACUUGUACAUAGAGGAGAGCCGGGCCAGCCCUGUCGUGACGGCCACCACCAGAGCGCCGAGGGGAGGGAGUGCCUGGGGCGUCCUGAGCCAGGCUCUGGGUGACAGCUGAGGCCGGAGCUCACCUGGCCCCUGUCCUGUUGAGACGGCAUUCGGGAGCCGAGGUCUGAACAGCAGGUGCUCCCGGGGAGGACUGGGACGGCAGAGGGGGCCUUCCCCCAGCCCCUUCUGCUCAGCCCUGGACGCUCAGCCUGCCUGCUUCCUGCCGCUGCCGGGGGGCAGCCUCGGGCCCAGAGAGUCAGAAGGGACCGGAGCCAGGCCGUUUGCCGCAGCCCGUGCUCAGCCCCAGCUGUGCUCAGGUGUAGGAGAAGAGAGCAUCACUAGGGGGUCCGUGCGGGCCCCCUUCACUCCUCGUGGCCCUCCGCGUGAGGGGUGUGCAGGCUCCGCCCGGGGAGGGGGUCCCUCUCUCAGGAGGGCGCCUGAGCGAACGAUGAAGGGGCCGACCCUCCUCCCCAGCCAAUGGUACUGUUCCUGCCCUGAACCCCAGGAAUGCGUCUGUCCUGUCCUGCUGUCAGGUGGAUACACCUUUUGUAAACCCUGAUGUGGGUGAGAAGAAAACAAGAGUUUUCCCCUCGCUCGGUCCCUGCUGGUCACAUUCCUCUCCAGAAGGAGCCCCCCCCA